CUGCUCGCCUCCACUCGGGACUCGGCUUGGCGCUCGGCCACCGGCUGCCGGCUCGCCGCGCGGGGCCUCCCGCUCCGCGCCUCCGCCGUCUGCGCCCGCCCGCCGGCUCGCGGCGCCGCCCGUCCUCAGCCCGAGCCCCGCCAGCGCCGAGCCCGCGCCUGCCGCCGCGGCCGGGCGGUAGGACUACUUAGCCGGCUGCCCCGCCUCGGCUCAGGGCAUCCUCAGGGCUUCCUGCAUCCCUGGGAGGCAGCCCUCCAGGACAGGAAGCGGAUUUCCAGGACAGGAAGUGGAUCUCCAGGACUGGAAGUAGACCUGCUGGACUGGAAGCGGACCUCUUGGACUGGAAGCAGAUCUCCAGAACACUCUUCCUAGCCUCUUGGGCCAGUCACCACAACAAACCUGGGAAGAUUUGACCAUGGGGGAUGUGAAGCUAGUUGCCUCAUCGCAUGUUCCCAAAACCUCCCUGAGUGUGGGUCCUUCAAAGAUUGGCUCCGCGCCGCUGAUGGAGGCCCCUGCCUUCAUUCUGCCCCCUCGGAACCUCUGCGUCAAAGAAGGAGCCACAGCCAAGUUUGAAGGGAGGGUCCGAGGUUACCCAGAGCCCCAAGUGACAUGGCACAGAAACGGACAACCCAUCUCCAGUGGAGGCCGCUUCCUGCUGGACUGUGGUGUGCGGGGGACUUUCAGCCUUGUCAUUUGUGCUGUCUGCGGGGAGGAUAAGGGAAAGUACACCUGUGAAGCCAGCAAUGACAGUGGUGCCCGCCAGCUGACGGUGGAGCUGACAGUGGAGGAGAGUUUUGCGAAGAAGCAUGGUCAUCCUGUUGUUUCCAAAGCCCUGGGGGACAGAUUUUCAGCCCCAGCCGUGGAAGUUCGUCCUGGCAUCUGGGGGGAGUGCCCACCAAAGUUUGCUACUAAGUUGGGCCGAGCAGUGGUCAAAGAAGGGCAGAUGGGGCGAUUCUCCUGCAAGGUCACUGGCCGGCCCCAACCUCAGGUCACCUGGCUCAAGGGAAGUGUCCCCCUGCAGCCGAGUGCCCGUGUAUCUAUGUCCGAGAAGAACGGGAUGCAGGUCCUGGAAAUUCAUGAGGUCACCCAGGAUGAUGUGGGCAUGUACACAUGCAUGGUGGUGAACGGGUCAGGAAAGGCCUCCAUGUCGGCAGAACUCUCCAUCCCAGGUUUGGACAGUGCCAACAGGUCAUCUGUGAGAGCAACCAAGGAUCUGGAUGCAGACAUCAAGAGGGAAGUGACCAAUGGAAUCACGAAGGGCCUGAAACUGGACAGCGUGGAGUCAAUGGCCAGAAGUAAGACCAACCCCAGCCUUGACAAAGGUGGCUGUCAGGCCCAGGUCUCAAACAGCCCAUCACAUUCUCUGUGGGAGCCCAAACCAGAACUCUGUGCAGACUCCUCCAGAAAGGUCCUGAAGACUCCUGUCCUGCAGAAGACUUCCAGCACUAUCACCUUGCAGGCCACAAAAGUCCAGCCAGAGCCCAGAGCACCAGCCUUGGAGGCUCUGUCUCCUUCCAGGGAGGAAAAGAGGAGGUUGGCCACUUCCCAGCCAACCACCUCCCCCACCACGAGGCCCAGCCCGGAAAACCCAGAAGUUGUGAGCACCGUUGCCACCAGGAAAACCCCUGUGGAGAGCCAGAAGGAGUGGACAUUGCCCAAGUUUGAGAGCAAGCCCCAAAGCCUGGAAGUCUGCGAACAUGAAACAGUCAAGUUCAGGUGUGAUGUUUCAGGGGUCCCGAAGCCUGAGGUAGCCUGGUUCCUGGAAGGCAUCCCUGUGCGGACAAGAGAAGGCACCAUUGAGGUUUAUGAGGACGAGAGAUCCUACUGCCUCUGCCUGCUGAGAGCCCGGACCAGAGACAGCGGGCAGUACAGCUGCACAGCUUCCAACAGCCGAGGCCGGGUGUCCUGCAGCUGGACCCUCAGAGUUCAGAAGCUGGCCACCAUGGAGAUGGCCCCCUCCUUCUCCAGUGUCCUGAAGGACUGCACAGUCAUCGAGGGCCAAGAUUUUGUGCUACAGUGCUCUGUGCAGGGGACCCCAGUGCCACAAAUCACCUGGCUACUCAAUGGACAGCCCAUCCGGUACGCACACUCUACCUGCCAGUCUGGCAUGGCUGAGCUCCACAUCCAGGACACCCUGCCAGAGGAUGACGGCAUCUAUACCUGUCUGGCUGAAAAUGCCUCAGGCCAAGUGUCCUGCAGCGCCAGGGUCACCGUCCGAGAAAAGAAGAGUGACGGGAAGAGUGGCCUUCUGCCCCUGGCUCCCACCAAGCCUGCUGCACCUGUCUUCCUGCAGGGCCUCUCUGACCUCCGGGUUAUGGAUGGAAGCCAGGUCACCAUGACGGUCCAAGUGUCAGGGAAUCCACCUCCUGAGGUCAUCUGGCUUCACAAUGGGAAUGAGAUCCAGGAGUCAGAGGACUUCCACUUUGAACGGAGAGGCACCCAGCACAGCCUCUGCAUCCAGGAGGUGUUCCCAGAGGACACGGGCACGUACACCUGUGAGGCGUGGAACAGUGCUGGGGCAGUUCGCACCCAGGCUGGGCUCAUGGUGCAAGAGCCACAAGAUGGCACCCAGCCCUGGUUCAUCAGCAAGCCUCGCUCAGUGAUGACCUCCCUGGGUCAGAGUGUCCUCAUCUCCUGUGCCAUUGCUGGUGACCCCUUUCCCAGUGUGCACUGGCUCCGAGAUGGCAAAGCCCUUUCCAAAGACACUGGCCACUUUGAGGUGCUACAGAAUGAGGAUGUGUUCACCCUGGUUCUGAAGAACGUGCAGCCAUGGCAUGCUGGCCAGUAUGAGAUCCUGCUCAGGAACCAGGUUGGCGAAUGCAGUUGCCAGGUGUCACUGAUGCUGCAGAACAGCCCCGCCAGCCCCCUCCUUCGGGGGCAGGAGCCUGCCAGCUGUGAGGGCCGCUGUGGUGGACGAGUUGGUGCUGAUGGUGGCAGUGACUGCGAUGGAACCCUGAGGCCUGGCUGGCUAGCGAGAGGGCAGGGUUGGCCUUGGCCAGAGGAGGAAGACACCGAGGGUGUGCGAGGGGUGCUGAAGCGGCGAGUGGAAACCAGGCUGCACACAGAGGAGGCGAUCCGCCAGCAGGAGGUGGAGCAGCUGGAUUUCCGGGACCUCCUGGGGAAGAAGGUGAGCACCAAGACUGUGUCGGAAGAAGACCUCAAGGAGAUCCCAGCUGAGCAGAUGGAUUUCCGCGCCAACCUGCAACGGCAAGUGAAGCCAAAGACUGUGUCCGAGGAAGAAAGGAAGGUGCAUAGUCCUCAACAGGUUGACUUCCGUUCUGUCCUGGCCAAGAAGGGUUCUCCCAAGACCCUUGGACCUGAGAAGGAAGCACCUCCAAAACCUGCCACCCCAGAUUUCCGCUCAGUGCUGGGCAGCAAGAAGAAAUCACCAGCAGAGAAUGGCAGCAGCAGUGCCGAGGCCCCAAAUGCCAAAGGCCCGGAAAGUCCCAUGCCUGUGGGCAAGGCAGAGCCCGCAGGGGCCCUGAAACCCUUGGGCAAGACCAAGCCUGCUGAGCCCCUGAAAUCUGUGGGCAACACCCAACCUGCAGAGACUCCAAAACCCACGAGCAGCACAGAGUCUUCUAAGUCCCUAAAACCCAUGGGCAACACCAAGCCUGCCGAGUCCCUAAAACCCAUGGGCAAUGCCAAGCCUGCUGAGCCCCUGAAACCCCUGGGCAAUGCCAAGCCUGCCGAGCCCCUGAAACCCCUGGGCAAUGCCAAGCCUGCUGAACCCCUGAAACCCCUGGGCAAUGCCAAGCCUGCUGAGACCCUGAAACCCCUGGGCAGUGCCAAGCCUGCUGAGCCCCUGAAGCCCCUAAGCAAUGCCACGCCUGCUGAGACCCUGAAACCAUCUGGGAAAGAAGACCUCAAGAAGGAAGUUAAGAAUGAUGUGAACUGCAAGAGAGGGCACACAGGAGCCACAGAUAAUGAGAAAAGACCAGAAAGCCAAGGGACAGCCCCAACCUUCACAGAGAAGCUACAAGAUGUCCGUGUGGCAGAGGGUGAGAAACUGCUACUCCAGUGCCAGGUGUCCUCGGACCCUCCAGCCACCAUCACAUGGACACUGAAUGGAAAGACACUCAAGACCACCAAGUUCAUCAUCCUCUCUCAAGAAGGCUCACUGUGCUCUGUCUCCAUCCAGAAGGCUCUACCCGAGGACAGGGGCCUGUACAAGUGUGUAGCCAAGAAUGGCGCUGGCCAGGCAGAGUGUUCCUGCCAAGUCACCGUGGACGAUGCACCAGCCAGUGAGAAUGCCAAGGCCCCGGAGAUGAAGUCCCGGAGGCCGAAGAGCUCUCUUCCGCCUGUGCUAGGAACAGAGAGUGAUGCGACCGUGAAAAAGAAACCCAUCUCCAAGACAUCUCCGAAGGCAGCAAUGCCCCCUCAGAUCAUCCAGUUCCCCGAGGACCAGAAGGUGCGGGCGGGAGAGCCGGUGGAGCUGCUCGGGAAAGUAACUGGCACCCAGCCCAUCACCUGCACGUGGAUGAAGUUCCGAAAGCAGAUCCAGGACAGCGAGCACAUCAAGGUGGAGAACGGCGAGGGCACCAGCAAGCUCACCAUCCUGGCCGCACGCCAGGAGCACUGCGGCUGCUACACACUGCUGGUGGAGAACAAGCUGGGCAGCAGGCAGGCCCAGGUCAACCUCACCGUCGUGGACAAGCCAGACCCCCCAGCCGGCACACCUUGUGCCUCUGAUAUCCGGAGCUCCUCCCUGACCCUGUCCUGGUACGGCUCUUCCUAUGACGGUGGCAGUGCUGUACAGUCCUACAGCGUCGAGAUCUGGGACUCAGUGGACAAGAUGUGGAAGGAACUAGCCACAUGCCGCAGCACCUCUUUUAACGUGCAGGACCUGCUGCCCGACCGCGAAUAUAAAUUCCGUGUACGCGCCAUCAAUGUGUACGGAACGAGCGAGCCAAGCCAAGAGUCUGAGCUCACCAUGGUGGGAGAGAAACCUGAGGAGCCCAAGGAUGAAGUGGAGGUGUCAGAUGACGAUGAGAAAGAGCCUGAAGUCGACUAUCGGACAGUGACUGUCAACACUGAACAAAAAGUAUCUGACCUGUACGACAUUGAAGAGAGACUAGGAUCUGGGAAAUUUGGACAGGUCUUUCGACUUGUAGAAAAGAAAACUGGAAAAAUCUGGGCAGGGAAAUUCUUCAAGGCAUACUCAGCCAAAGAGAAAGAGAACAUCAGGGAGGAGAUCGGCAUCAUGAACUGCCUGCACCAUCCCAAGCUGGUCCAGUGUGUGGACGCCUUUGAGGAGAAGGCCAACAUCGUCAUGGUGCUGGAGAUCGUGUCGGGCGGCGAGCUGUUUGAGCGAAUCAUUGACGAAGACUUUGAGCUGACGGAGCGGGAGUGCAUCCAGUACAUGCGGCAGAUCUCCGAGGGGGUGGAGUACAUCCACAAGCAGGGCAUUGUGCACCUGGACCUCAAGCCCGAGAACAUCAUGUGUGUCAACAAGACGGGCACCAGAAUCAAGCUCAUCGACUUCGGUCUGGCCCGGAGGCUGGAGAAUGCGGGGUCUCUGAAGGUCCUCUUUGGCACCCCAGAGUUUGUGGCUCCUGAAGUGAUCAACUAUGAACCUAUUGGCUACGCCACAGACAUGUGGAGCAUCGGGGUCAUCUGCUAUAUCCUGGUCAGCGGCCUUUCUCCUUUCAUGGGUGACAAUGACAAUGAGACCUUAGCCAAUGUGACCUCAGCCACCUGGGACUUCGACGAUGAGGCGUUUGAUGAGAUCUCUGAGGAUGCCAAGGAUUUCAUCAGCAACUUGCUGAAGAAAGACAUGAAAAAUCGCCUGAACUGUACCGAGUGUCUUCAGCAUCCAUGGCUAAUGAAAGAUACUAAAAACAUGGAGGCCAAGAAGUUGUCCAAAGACCGGAUGAAGAAGUAUAUGGCAAGGAGGAAAUGGCAGAAAACAGGCAAUGCUGUGAGAGCCAUUGGAAGACUGUCCUCUAUGGCAAUGAUCUCAGGGCUCAGUGGCAGGAAGUCCUCAACAGGAUCACCAACCAGUCCCCUCAAUGCAGAGAAACUAGAAACGGAAGAAGAUGUUUCCCAGGCUUUCCUCGAGGCCGUAGCCGAGGAGAAGCCCCACGUGAAACCCUACUUCUCCAAGACCAUUCGUGACUUGGAAGUCGUGGAGGGAAGCGCUGCGAGAUUCGACUGCAAGAUCGAAGGAUACCCAGACCCUGAGGUCGUCUGGUUCAAAGAUGACCAGUCAAUCAGAGAGUCGCGCCACUUCCAAAUAGACUACGAUGAGGACGGGAACUGCUCUCUGAUUAUUAGUGAUGUCUGUGGGGAUGACGAUGCCAAGUACACCUGCAAGGCUGCCAACAGUCUUGGGGAAGCCACCUGCACAGCAGAGCUCAUUGUGGAAACCAUGGAGGAAGGAGAAGGGGAAGGGGAGGAGGAAGAGGAGGAGGAGGAAGAGUGAAACCAAGCCAGGGAGAAGCAAUGUCUAAGUCAUUUUUAAAGGUCUAUUUCUCUAAAGCUCAAAAAACGCCAGAUAGUUAAAAAAAAAAAAAAAAAAAAAAAGGCACCUAGUGUGGUAGGUUAUCUAGUUAGGGCAUGUGGGGAUUGAUUCAACAGCAACAGCAGUUGACACUUAGUAGGAUUACUGGUGGGCAUUAGUAUGAAUUAGCUGACAUCUUCAGAUAAAAUGCAGCUAUGUUUCAUUAGGGAAAUCAACAGCAACUUGCAUAACCAAUUCGUUUUAGGGGAAAAAGUAACCAAAAGAAGUAUUUAUCUGAGCAAAGUCAUGAAUGCAUUCAUGAUAUCAUGGCCACCACCGAGGCUCGGGCCCUGUGCCCCUGCUCAGCCCAGAUAGUUCCUGGAGGCCGGCGGCCUUUCUCCCCAGCCCCUGGCUCCAGAGAACUGGGUCUUCUCCAGCGCUGCAGCAUUUCACCCUGAAAACAGUUGAGCCAUUCUGACUUCCAGGGCACACUUUUUCCAAAGCUUACUGUAGACAUCCACACUCAUAUUCCUCUCCCCUGGUGCACCUGCAAGCUUUUCUGAUCUGAAUUUGUCAUAAAUUUCAGCACUGGGGACUUUAAUUGUGCUUCUUAGAUUAUGAAGACAAGACCCCUGCUCAUGGCUGACUCCUGUUUUUUACAGUCCAGUAGGAAAUCUAAAUUAAGCUUAGCCCCUCUUUUCAAGUGUCUGGCAGCUUCAGUGUUUUGGAUAAGAGCCCACGGGUGUUUACUUGUUAAUGUGCUUCUCUUCUUCAAUCAGGUUUCAGAUUUGUACUGUUACUGGGUAUAAGCCUGCAUGCAUGGUAAAGAUUUUUGUGUCUGAAUGUGGGAAAAAAAGUUUGCUGAAAUGUUAGGCUUGAUUAUUUAUUGGGCACUAUGAAAUGUUUUUCAACUCCUACACAGCUGCAGAGCUCCCUGUACUUUGGACUCUUCUAGUCUGAGUUUACUGUAUCUUUGCUUUCCACACAUCUGCAGCGCGUAGCCUACCAUAGGGCUCCACAUUGUUCUCCUCCUUGACUACACAUUCGUCAUGCCUUGCCCCAGUCUUGCAAUAUAUUCUUAGAUCUGACCGACGCACUCAGACUUGCAUCUUUAGUAAGUUUUAAUGUUUUUCACUACAUUGACACUUCUCUUGUUAAAGAGGUCACAGACCAUAAAUGAAUACCAUAAAUGGAUAUACCUUGUACAUUUCCUCUGCGUGUGUGUGUAUGUGUGUGUAUAACAUUCCAAGUACUCUUUUAUUUUCCACUGUUUGUAAAGUACAGCAACUUAAUAUUCCAAUGGUCCUUUUCGUAGUUCCUUAUGAACCAAUUUUAAAUUACUUCUGUGCAGUCCUAUGAAUUAUCAAUGUUAGAAUUUUAAUACUAAUCUUACGUUAUCUUCCAUUCUAUUGUUAGCUACCUUUUCAAAUUGCCAGUAUUUUUCCUUUUUUGCUUUUUAAACAGUUACAGUAUUUUUCAUUAUAGCCACGGUAUUGCCACAAGUUAUUAUAAUAAAGGGGUUUAAUUUGAUUUAGACCAAAGUGCUUUUCAUCACUUUUAAUUGUGUUUAGAAUAUAAUUUGUGUGUGUAUGUUGUGUGUAUGUGCAUGGGUGUUAUAUACAUGUGUUUACAGCUUAAUGGUUUCUUGGGAUUGUGUUAAUGUUCUUUCGGUUUAUUAUGCCAUCAGAAUGGUAAAUCAGAACACUACGAAUGUAGUUAGCUCACAGUUUUUAAAUAAAAGAUACCACAGUGCA